UUUGCAGGAAAUGUGUUUGUGGUGAGCCUGGCCUUCGCUGACCUGGUGGUGGCCUUCUACCCGUACCCUCUGGUGCUCUACGCCAUGUUUCACAACGGAUGGUCUCUGGGUGUGACCCAGUGCAAGGUGAGUGGCUUCCUGAUGGGUCUGAGUGUCAUCGGCUCCAUCUUCAACAUCACAGGCAUUGCCAUCAACCGCUACUGCUACAUCUGCCACAGCUUCAGCUACGACAAGCUGUACAGCUACCACAACACUCUGCUGCUGGUCGCCCUCAUCUGGCUCCUGACUGUGGGCGCCAUCGUGCCCAACUUCUUUGUGGGGUCGUUACAGUACGACCCUCGGAUCUACUCCUGUACCUUUGCUCAGACCAUCAGCACGACCUACACCAUCACAGUGGUGGUCAUCCAUUUCUUUGUGCCCAUUACUGUGGUCACGUUCUGCUACCUCCGGAUCUGGAUCCUGGUGAUCCAGGUCAGAUGGAAGGUAAAGUCAGAUGUGCAACCACGUAUCAAGCCCAGUGAUCUGAGGAACUUUAUAACCAUGUUUGUGGUGUUUGUGCUGUUUGCCAUUUGUUGGGCGCCACUCAACUUCAUUGGACUCGCUGUUGCUAUCGACCCUGAAGCAGUGGCCCCACGAAUCCCAGAGUGGUUCUUCGUGGUCAGUUACUUCAUGGCUUACUUCAACAGUUGUCUUAAUGCCAUCAUCUAUGGGCUGCUGAACCAGAACUUCCGCCGGGAGUACAAGCAGAUCGUCAUGUCCAUGUGGACGCCACACCUCUUCUUCCAGGAGACAUCACGUGGGGGCACUGAGGGCAUGAAGACCAAGCCGUCGCCGGCACUCAACAACAAUGACCAAGUGAAAGCAGAGACUGUGUAG